AGCCCGGGCUUAACUUAGGCACCAAAAAUAGCGAGAUGCCUAAGGCCGAAAACCAGCCCUUUUGAUAUUGAACCGGGUUCGAUGCGCACGAUUGACCGCGGUAUACGCAUUUGACCAAGGAUAUUAAGCUUCGGAAGAUGGCUAGGGUUUUGGGGAAGUAGAGUUGUCGAGGGUGUGGAGGAAUUGGGGAUGACGAAGUUCAACGUGGUACAAAAGUGCAGGAGAGCAGCGAUAGCAGAGCGGAAAAGAGCAAUACAUGGUGAUCCUCUGAGCGGUAAGCUCAAGCAAAAGCCGCAACCACUCUCCAUCUCCGGCAAGCGCAAGCGCAAGCUCCUCAAGAAAUGGCGCAGGGAUCAGAAGGAGGCUUUGGAGAAUGGUCUUGUUACCAUGCAAGAUGUAGAGAUGGCUGUUGCUGAAGGGACAUCUGAAGGUGCGGCAAAAAUUCCAGUGAAGUUUCACUUGAAGAAGAGUAAGAAGCUUAAACUCCAGCAAUUGAAGAAGACAGGGAAGAACAAAAGAAAAUCUCAUAAACCAGCUGUAAAGGCUUCUGUAGAUGUCAUGAUGGAAUAAUUGGGGAGCAAACUUUAGAUGGUCGACACAAUUGCGCAACUAUGGCGGGUCUCGACACAAUGGUUUUGUGCUACAAUUCUUGUUUGAGAUCGGCAAGGAACUUAAUAACGUUGGUUACUUUAGAUGUAAUUUUUCAAUGGAUCAUGAGUUUUGCUACAUCUACCCCUCUCAUGUAUGUUAAUUAUUCGUUUGUUUUUAAUCUCUGAAUGUGGAAUUCACAAUGACUGCAUAAAACUCUGCUCAAUCUUCUCAAAUAUGGUGAAUAGGAAGGGGUCAGGCACCUGGGGCAG